GCAAUUCAGGUGAAAAUAUUGUAAAAAAAAAGUUUUAUUUUAGAAGUUUAUUUAAUUAACUGUAAUCUUAUAAAAUAUUUAUUACUACCAGUUGCGGGUCAUUUGGAAGUAAACACCAUUAAAUACUUCGUCUGUUCAUAGUGUUUGGUUUAGAGUUUGUGAGUGGUUUGAAACAAAAUCAAACGAAUAAAAAAUACUCAAUACAAAAUGUUUCGCAAGUGUGUUACUUUGCCAACAUCAACUCUGUUGGCAGCCGUCGCUGUCCAAAAUGCUAGCUCUGGCUCUGAAUCUAACAAACAAGAUUCAGUGAAUGAUUUGGCCCACUAUCAUUGUAAGGCUAACGAACUGCCGUUAUACGCUCCAUUGCAUUCAUACAAUAAGCCACAGAAAAAAAGUCAUGUAGCAGUUAAUUCACCAGCUCGUGAUGCUAUUGAAUCUGGUGUUCGAGCUGUACGCACGGAAGUUCAAGCCGGCUACAAUUUGCUGUCUAAACAAAAGGAAACCAUUGAUGAGUAUGUAAAUCAAGCUAAGGAGCAAACACAAUCUACCAUUGACUACUUGAAUCAGCCACAUAAUCUUAUGCCCCGUACUGGUGCUAUAGCAAUUGGUGGUUUGUCUGGUUUUAUAUUUGCUGCCCGUGGAGGUUUCAUCAAAAAAGUUCUCUACACCACAGUUGGUGCUGGUGCGGUCGCUUCCCUAUGCUAUCCAAGACAAGCUGAACAAUUUGCUAAAGAAGCACUUUUUGAAGCUCGCAAAGGUUAUGCUAUUGCCUACAAUUUCGUAAAAGGUGUUAAACCAGGCGACGAAGUACCAGUUGAACCCAUCACUAAAUUUCCAACAAGUUUGGAAGAUAUAAAAUUCCUAGUUAUUGAUUUAUACGACGAAGCAAAGGAAGCUUUAUUCCCCGAAAAAAAGUAGAUUCGACCUGUCGUUUAAAUUGAAAAAGAUUUAACAAUGUCAUAAAAUAAUUCGACGAAAAUUAUAAAGUAAACAGCGAUAUGACGACAAACAAA